CUCUUUCAGAACGUGAUGUUCCCUGGUGCUGGAGACGAGGGCAUCUUGGAGUACAAGUCUGUCAUCUACUACCAGAUCAAACAGCCACGCUGGUUUGAAACCAUCAAGGUUGCCAUCCCCAUUGAAGAUGUGAACCGAAGUCACCUGCGAUUCACCUUCCGUCACCGAUCAUCUCAAGAAUCUAAAGACAAAUCGGAGAAGAUAUUCGCCCUGUCGUUUGUGAAGCUGAUGAGGUACGAUGGGACGACCCUGAGGGACGGAGAGCACGAUCUCAUCGUAUACAAGGCGGAGGCUAAGAAGCUGGAGGACUCGUCUCUGUACCUGAACCUGCCUGCUACCAAGGUGGAGCUGGAGGAGAAGGGUUUGUCCACUACAGGAAGG